AUGCCUGUUGGAGAUCCAAUUCCCACUACUCCUCAUGCUGAGAAAUCAUCAACCAUGGCUGUCUCUGCUAUCAGGAAUUGGUGGAACUCCUACCAGAUGGACAAAUCUGACUCUGACAACACAGAUGAAGACGAGGAGGAAUUAGCAGAGAGGAGGCAGUUAUCCAUAGACUUAUGUGAGACACUGCGGACGAGGCAGCUGCUCAUAGACUUUGAUGGCAAUCGACCUAUUUUGAGUCUCAGGGCACCACUGGACCUGGUUAACUUCCCAUCUGUCUCCCGCCCCCGUUGGCCCACAGAGUGUGAAGUCAUCAGCGACGUUAUACAUCAUAUAGAGUGGGAGCCCCCAGAGCCAGAGCCUUUCUACCAGCCCACAGGACAUGAGAGAACACCCAUGCCUGCUGGAGAGGAGAGGGGGAAAGUGGUAUACUGCAUAGACCAUGCCACUAAGCAUCCGUUUUUCACCUGCUCUCGUGUCGGAGGAUCCAGGGGGCCCAUUAAGAAUGCCACAUUUUAUGACACCAAUCAAACAGACUUUCCCCUAGAGUUUGAGUCGAGAUUUGAGAGUGGGAACCUUCAGAAGGCUGUGCAAGUAGGUGUCUAUGACUAUGAGCUCACCCUGCGCACAGACAUGUACACCAGAAAGCACACACAGUGGUUUUACUUCAGGGUCAGGAACAUGAAGUCUGGAGUGACCUACCGCUUCACCAUCGUCAACCUGAUGAAGAGCAGCAGCCUGUAUUCUCAGGGGAUGAGACCACUCCUCUACUCUGAGAGGGCUGCCAAGGAGAAAGGUGUUGGAUGGCAACGAACUGGCUCUAAUAUCAGAUACUACCGCAACUACAAACAGAAUACAAAGGACAACAACAACGACACCAUCGCCCUGUACUCACUCACAUGGACUCUCCAGUUCCCGCAUGAAUCAGACACUUGUUACCUGACCCACUGCUACCCCUACACUUAUUCACACCUGCAGCGCUAUCUCAGGCACAUUUCCUCUGAUCCAGCAGUUGCGUCAUACUGUAAGUUGCGGGUGUUGUGCCACAGCCUUGCUGGGAAUGCAGUGUAUGUGGUGACAAUAACGUCCCGGGGGGCCAGCAAAGUGGAGGGCAAGACCAAAAAAGCUGUGGUGGUGACGGCCCGAGUGCACCCUGGAGAAACCAAUGGGUCCUGGAUGAUGGAGGGGUUCCUGGACUUCCUGCUUGGGGACUCAGCUGAUGCUCAACUACUCAGGGACACUUUUGUUUUUAAGGUGGUGCCCAUGCUGAACCCAGAUGGUGUGAUAGUGGGCAAUUACCGCUGCUCUCUGGCAGGCAGAGACCUCAACAGAAAUUACAAGACAUUGCUCAGGGAUUCCUUUCCUUGUGUUUGGCACACCUACAACUUGGUGGAAAAGCUGAUGGCUGAGACGGACGUAGUUCUUUACUGUGACUUUCAUGGCCACAACCGUAAAAACAACGUCUUCAUGUACGGUUGUAACAACCCAGGUGAUGCUUCCCUGAAGCUUCAUGAGAGAGUCUUUCCACUGAUGAUGAGUAAGAAUGCCAGCAACAAGUUCUCCUUCAAGAGCUGUAAGUUUCGGGUACAGAAGAGCAAAGAGGGAACAGGGCGAAUCGCCAUGUGGAAACUUGGCAUCAGAAACAGCUAUACGAUGGAGGCCACCUUUGGAGGCUCCACUCUGGGUGACAGGAGGGGAACUCAUUUUACUACUCGAGACCUGAAGUCCCUGGGCUUUUGCUUUUGUGAUAGCUUGCUGGACUACUGUGACCCUGACCCAACAAAGACGGCUUAUUGUCUGACAGAACUGGCAGCAUUGUUGAGAAAGGAGGUCAAAGAGAGGCUGGGCAAAGAUUUGGGCGCUGACUGUAACUUCUCUGUCUCUGAUUUGGAAACCAGCACCAGUGGUUCAAAUAGUUCAGAUUCCGAUGGACUCCCAGUUCAUUUGGUCAACCAGCAGCAAACUGAGGUAUCUCCACAAACUCCAGUGAAGAAGAAAAAGAAACGCUUGAGGAGUCGCAAAGAGAGAAACAGGCUGCACCCAGAGAGAGUAAGGAAUAACAAACAGCCACAGGUUGUGCAAAACAGCAUCAAACAUAUUGAGUCUAACCUUCACCAUGACAACACAGUUAAAGAGAGUGCCAGAGAGAGGCCAGUUGAAAAACAUAAGAAGAAAUGGCAGGUAAACAAUCCAAUGAGAAAAAAUGUGAUUCCUGCUGCCACUGCUCAGCCUGGGGAGAUCAGUCAGGUGACCCUGUGGCAGGGCUGUGAGCCUGUCAAGGGUGAUUGUGUGGGAGACAUGAAGCCUGCAUACCUGCAUCGCCGAGGAAAACCAUGUCCACAUCACAGCACAUGCACAGCUAUGUCAACUUGCACAGAAAAGCCAGGGAUGAACUCAGGACAGUGGAGAUUCUCUUCUCAGCUGCUGCACCUAAGUGCUGUCCUUCCACCGAAUUUCAUACACUCCACACAGCAGCAUCAUCCCUGCCCCAGACAGUCCCUUGUUUCCUGUAAAGUUUUCAGAGGGCUGCCACCCUCCGUUGCAGUGCCUUACAGGUCUCCCUCAUCCAUAUUUGUCAAGAUGACCCCAGACAUUGUUCCAACUAAGCGCCUGCUGUCAAGCUUCACCACCGACAAGUUCAACAGCCAGCAUAUCUACAGAGAAAGAAAUUAUUUUCAGAUGUCAGAACAUUACUUUGUGCCUGAGGAUUCGUCCACCUCACAUGUUGACAUAAACAAAACCAAACAGCAGACUGAGGAGCAGGAAAGAGAUUCCCCAGAAGUUGGCUUGCCAUUGUUGACAUGUGUACCAUUUGGAGAGCAGAACCAGAGAGAUCUCACCCCUGACAUCCCCCUGAGACAAGGUGAACCACACAGCAGUCUGUUUGUGCCUGCGCUGAGAGGCAGAGACCUACAAGGAAACAGGGGGACUUUAGAAGACGGAAGGCAAAAGGGCAGUUUACCCCGUCUGUUAAAGACUUCAGGCUUCAAGAAGCUGGAACCUUCACGUCCACAGAAUGUUGCCCUUGGUAGGCUUCAGGCUAAGGACAUCAGGCAAUAUCGCUCUGAGGGAGAAAGCCUAUUAAGUAUGGCUCCUGAGGAGUCUAUGAUCACACGACCAUCACAGUCUGCCCCACUGUAG